AUGUUGCUGCAAAGUUGGUUCCCGAAGGAACUGAAUUUUAUGCAAAAAAGGGACCACAUUGUCAUCGCCAAAGACAUGAUUUCCAAGGCUGAAUCCGAUCCAACAUUCAUCAAACGCAUCAUUACUGGAGACGAGACGUGGGUUUAUGAGUACGACACGCAAUCCAGACAUCAAGAGAAAGUUUCAAAUGAGCCAAGACCAAAAAAACCACGUCGUUUUCAGUCGAAAAAGAAAGCGAUGCUCAUGAUUUUCAUGGAUUACAACGGUAUUGUACAUCAUGAAUUUUUGCCAGAAGGUCAGAUAGUUAAUAAGGAGUAUUAUUUGGGCGUUAUGAAACGUUUGCGUGAAGCAGUUCACCAAAAAAGAAAGGAUUUGUGA